AUGGCGAUUCGCGUUCUGGGGCCGCGCCGGGAAGGAUUGGCCGAGGAGAAAGAAAGAGUGAUAGAGAGAGAGAAAGAGACGGAGAGAUCGAGUGAGCGAGCGAGCUGCAGGAGAAGGAAGGCAGCUCUCCCUCCCUCCCUCCCUCCGCCGCGGGCCGGGCGCGCAGCAGCGCCUCUCCGGCCAUGGCCCUGCGCUCGCCCAGCGCCCCGGGCUCCUAAGGCGUCCGCGGCCCCUGAGAGCUGGAUGCACUGGGUUGAGAGUGGAGCGCAGAGCGAAAAGUCAGAGCCUGAUCUUGCUCGCUUUGAACUUGAAGAAGUCUCUUUGGAACAUCAAGGCAUUCUGCAGGAGUUGCUGGAAAGCUGCAACUUCGCAUGGAUCCCGGGCCUGGGGACCAGAGGCGACAUCCGAGGGUGGGACUGGGCAGUGCGACUUGGUACGCGCGUGUGUGGCGGUGGGCGCACCGGGACAGCUUGGGGACUCGGUGAAGAGGGACACACACCCACCACACACAGCAUGGCAGUGUCCAGAGGCGAGGCCGCCGUGGCGGGCGGGGACUUUACCUCCCCGAAGGGCUCGGGCUGCCGCGGCUGCUGGGGAGCCUCGGCGCUGCAGCCUCUCCGGCGCGCGGGGAAACUUUCCUGGGGGCUGUGCGCGGGCUCGACGUCCCUGCUGCUGGCGCUGCUGGUGCGGCUGGUCCGCGGGGAGAUCGGCUGCGAGCCGGAGCCCAGGAAGGAGGUGGCGGGCCCGGGCGCAGAAGGGGGCGUCGGCCCUGGCGCUCGGGGAGGCGCCCCCGGGGGCGGCGCGCAGCUCAGCCCCUGGCUGCAGCCCUCGGCGCUGCUCGUCAGUCUGCUGGGCGCCUUCUUCUGGAUGGGCUUGUACCUCCUGCGCGCCGGGGUGCGCCUGCCUCUGGCCGUCGCGCUGCUGGCCGCCUGCUGCGGGGGGGAAGCGCUCGUCCAGAUUGGGCUGGGCGUCGGGGAGGAUCGCCUACUGUCGCUCCCCGCCGCGGGGGUGGUGCUCAGCUGCCUGACCGCCGCGACAUGGCUGUUGCUGAGGCUGAGGCUGGGCGUCCUCAUGAUCGCCUUGACUAGCGCGGUUAGGACCGUGUCCCUCACUUCCUUGGAGAGGUUCAAGGUCGCCUGGAGACCUUACCUGGCGUACUUGGCCGGCGUGCUGGGGAUCCUCCUGGCUGGGUACCUGGAGCAAAUCUUGCCGCAGUCCGUGGGGGCGGCUCCCAAGGAGCAUUUGGGGUCCCUGCGGAUCGCUGGGACCAAGGAAGACAUCCCCGUGUUUAAGAGGAGGAGGAGGUCCAGCUCCGUGGUGUCCGCCGAGAUGUCGGGCUGUGGCAGCAAGUCGCACCGGAGGACCUCCCUGCCCUGUAUACCCAGGGAACAGCUCAUGGGACAUUCAGAAUGGGAUCACAAAAGAGGGCCACGAGGAUCACAG